AUGAAGUUGUCACUCUUCACUAGCUCUCUGGCCUUUUCCCUGGCUUCUGCGCAGGGCUCAAUCCAUUCCUGGGCGCCCGGCGGGCCAAACGACUUUCGAGGCCCUUGCCCCAUGAUGAACACUUUGGCAAACCACGGCUUUCUUCCGCACGAUGGUAGGAACAUCACAAGGUCAAACGCCAUUCAUGCGCUGUCAACUGCGCUCCACUUCGACAUAACUCUGGCCGGCAUCAUGUGGGACCAGGCCGUCAUUGCCAACCCAGAGCCUAACGCUACGUUCUUCACUCUUGAUAAUCUCAACCGACACAACGUGUUGGAGCACGACGCAAGUCUGAGCCGUUCGGAUGCGCGCUUCGGCAACAACCACGUCUUCAACCAGACUAUUUUCGACACGUCGAAGGUGUACUGGACGGAUCCCGUCCUCACCGCGCAGAUGCUGGCCAACAGCAAGAUUGCACGUCAGGUUGAGUCCAGGGCCUUCAACCCGGACUACACCUUCACUUCAACCACGGAAGCCUUCAGUCUGGGAGAGGUUGCUGCCCCCCUGAUUGUUUUCGGUGACCACGAGCCUGCAACUGUGAACAGAUCCUUUAUUGAAUAUUUCUUCGAGAACGAACGCCUUCCCAGCGAGCUCGGAUGGGUCAGGCAGGCCGAAGUGGUGAAGCUUGAGGAUGUUAUGAGGCUUUCGGAAAUUGUCGGAAACGCCACGAGCCUUAUCACCGGUGGUUCCGAAGCGUCUCAUGCUAAGAGGCGUCGGGACUUGCACGCCGGACUGCACUGA